CCCAUGCUGCCAUGCAUAGCUGAGGAUCGGACGUGUUCUCUCCACUGUGAUUCUCGUGACCCGUGAGCCGUAUGCCCGUAUGUUAAAAAGCAAAGCUUGGCACUGUGGUUUCUUCCUCCCCCCUUCAGUCCUCCCGUCGUCCAGCAGAGGUAAAAAAGAAAAAAGAAAACCACCAAACCCAAUCCCAAUCCCAAUCCCCGUCGUGCGCAUCAUUUCUUCCUCCGUUUAACCGCAAGUGUUCAUUCAGGCAGAGGAAAUGGCCUCGGAUGCAGCUCCCAAGGGUAAAUCGGCGGCGGCGAGCUCCUCCGCCGAACGGAGCGCCGCCGCGGCCGGACCUGAUGGCGGUGAUCAGCUCCAGCCCGGGAUCCUCCCUCUCCUGGGAAAGCCCUACUUCGCGUGCGUCAUGUGCAAGCCCCAUGUCCGCCCGCCGUUCCAAGUGGUGGUCCCCAGGUCGCUGGCGCCGUUCCUCCCGGCGGCCACGGCGCCGGCGACGGUGGCGUGGCGCGGGCGCUCCUGGGGGAUGCGCUUCACGGGGGGCCGCCAGGUCCAGCGCCUCGAGGCCGGGUGGCGGGGCUUCGCGCUCGACGCAGGCCUCCGCCUCGGCGACGCCUGCGUCCUCGAGCUGCUGGACGCCGGCCCGGACCGCGUGGCCUUCAGGGCGCAGGUCCUCCGCGCCGACAUCCCCGCAGCGAUCCGGGGGCGCGCCGGCGGGGACACCUCGGCCAGCCCCAUCCUCAUCGACUGAAAUGUGGGCACAACUGAAACCUCGUGUUUCUUUCGUCAUCAUAAUUGUGCCGUGCUACUCUAAAAUCUUUGUGGCUUCCAUUUCCUUUCAUUUCGAGGCCGAGAAGUCUUCUUUGCUCUUUCCAUUAGCUGGGAACGAAGAACUGAGAACUCUCUGAGAGGGGGAAAAAAACUUCACCACCAUGGCUCAGGAACGCAGCCACGCAGGAGUUGUACUCGCAAAAAAAAAAA